ACCGGCAUCCUCCGGCCGGUGGUUUCCGGUCGCCCGCCCGCCGCGCUGCUACUUUGUUCCGUCCUGCCGGUGGCUGUGAGGUCCCUCGUUAAGCUGGUGCUCGGCUGUCCUGGCCAGCUGUGGCCCUGCGGGCUGGUUCGGCAUUCCCAUUCACACUCCUUAAGGUUUUGGUAGUGCACUGACACCUUUACUUUGUUCUUGAAGUCCAUAUUGGGGAAAAGGAGGAGCAGCCAAGAAAAUCAUGGACCCCAGCUUGCUGAGGGAGCGGGAGCUGUUUAAAAAGCGAGCCCUCUCCACGCCGGCCGUAGAGAAACGCCCAGCACUCUCCUCGGACUCCUCCGCUUCCAAGAAGAAGAAGGCCAGGGUAGAACAAGGGGGCUCCUCCAGCUCAAAACAAAACACAGAUCACAGCAAUGGAUCAUUUAACUUGAAAGCCCUUUCAGGAGGCUCUGGCUACAAGUUUGGAGUCCUUGCUAAAAUAGUGAACUAUAUGAAGACCCGGCACCAGCGUGGUGAUACACAUCCCUUAACCCUGGAAGAGAUACUGGAUGAAACACAGCACUUAGACAUUGGGCUCAAACAGAAACAAUGGUUAAUGAGCGAGGCUCUAGUCAACAAUCCAAAAAUAGAAGUUGUGGAUGGGAAGUACGCUUUCAAACCCAAGUACAACUUGAAAGACAAAAAGGCUCUGCUCAGGCUCUUGGACAAGCAUGACCAGCGAGGGCUGGGAGGAAUCCUUCUGGAAGACAUUGAGGAAGGGCUGCCCAAUGCACAGAAAGCCAUAAAGGCUUUAGGGGACCAGAUCAUCUUUGUUAAUCGCCCUGAUAAGAAGAAAAUUCUUUUCUACAAUGACAAGAGCUGUCACUUUGCUGUGGACGAAGAAUUCCAGAAGCUGUGGAGGAGCAUUCCCGUGGAUUCUAUGGAUGAGGAGAAGAUAGAGGAGUAUCUGAAACGACAGGGUAUUUCUUCCAUGCAAGAAACCGGACCAAAGAAAAUAGCCCCCAUUCAGAGGAGGAAGAAACCUGCUUCUCAGAAGAAACGCCGGUUUAAGACUCACAAUGACCACUUGGUUGGAGUAUUAAAAGAUUACUCUGAUGUGGUUCCUGGCAAGCAGUGAGCGGUUGAGUUGAGGAGCAAACGCGCGUUUCUAGACAGGCUCGCUGCUGCUGGGGCUCGGUGUCUGCUCGCAGAAGGACUGACUGUAUAUAAUAAUGUGAUGUGUUUCCCCCACCCCAGCAACUGCCGAGGUGAAACAGGUCAGUUUAAGAGCAAGUGUGAGCUACUAAAUUUAGAGCUUAAUUUAAUUAGCUAAUGGGAAACGUUUCUUGGAGUAAGAGGUUCUCACUAGUUGCCUGUUGGCAUAGGGUGAUAAAUGGUGCUCAGCAUGUAAUGCAGGAAUUCCUGCUCAGUGCUUAACUCUGCUUUUACAUUGCUUAAUGGGUAUUUACCUGGAAUUACUUACAAGGGGCUUUCUAGUGGGAUUGAAUUCAGCAUUUGUUUUACCUGUUUCAGGAAAACCUUUUCCUAAAAUCACUGCAGGCAAAGUUUCUUUCACAAAUACACCCCCGGUUUAUAAGCUUCUUCCUUGCCAUGGGACUGAGCUUUACUGAAAGGCGGUGAUAUCUGAGACUCAAACUCAGAAAACCCCCUCUCCCUAAAAUCCCAGCAGGCUGUGGGAUGGGAUGCAGCCAGAGCCUUCCUAAUGUUAAUUAGGAAUUGCCCUUGGCCAUGUCUCCUCACUGUUGUGGGUACAGUGUGUUGCACGUUCUGCUCUGUGCACAGGAGGGAAAUAAAACGACGGUGUAAUAGUGUUUUGGUUUUUUUUUUCCUUUUAAGUAAUAAAUUUUCAAUGCAGGUU